AGGGUGGCGCCCAAUGCGCGACAGUCUAAUAGGGGACAGGGGUUUGGUAGAGUAAAAACAACGACUACCGAAGCGCCGGCACCUCAGCCCCCAAACGGUCGAUACGUGGGGUAUAAGCCGUUGAUAACGUUAGAGGACGAGUCGGCGUCGACAGAGAGGGGGCCGUCAGCUCGGAGUCUGGACUUCACGGGCGGGUCCAACCAAAUACUGUCCGAUAGUUUGCCACACAUUGAGACAAAUAUCCGUAAUAUCAAUGACUUGAAGCGCCGGAACUACUCGGACCUGCAGCCCAUCCUAACCUACAAAGAGAGCUACGACUCCAUACCCCUGACCGCCAGGAAUGAGAUAUACAGCCCACACACGACACCCAAACCCUACUACACCACAGGCGCACCGAAAGCCCAGAGGAACUCCUACCGGCUGUACAAUACGUUUCCAAAGCCGGCGCCGACCACAACAACUACUACUACGACGACUACGACUACUACCACAACACCCCCGCCCACUACACUCCCCAGUGGUCCCUAUUAUGACUACUAUUACGAGGAUAUUACUGAUAGCAAAAACAGUGUAACCCUUCCGCCGACUACUAGAAGGGUGUUCCCGACCACCACACAGGGUAGGGUUGGCGGUGGACUCAGGUUUAGGAUAACCCCCACAACCCCUAAGCCCCCGGCCAUUGAGUACGAGUACGAGUACGAGGACUACAACGGCGCCAACUAUACCAACACCAUACCUACCACUCCGUAUAAGAGCUACCAGACCACCACCACUGCCCGACCACCAUCCAUCACAAGGCCAUCCCUGUACAGCACCGGUCGAAAGCCGAGACCCACGAACCGGCGGCUCAUCAUCAAAGACAACGAGAAGGCGCCGCCAAAGCCCGCCUCCCGUCCGAAGCCCAUACACCCGACGCCCACACCCCUAUCCACCGCCGAGAAGUGCGACGCCAAGAAGUGUAAGCUCCCGGACUGCCGGUGCGGUGGCUCCGACAUCCCGGCGAAGUUGUCGGCCAAACAGAUCCCGCAGAUUGUGUUGAUUACCUUCGAUGACGCCGUCAAUGAUCUCAAUUGGGAGAUAUACGAAGACAUCUUCGAGAACCGAUUCAACCCGAACGGCUGUCCCAUUAGAGGCACUUUCUACGUGUCGCACGAGUGGACAGACUACGGACAGGUGCAGACACUGCACGCCCGGGGCCACGAGAUAGCCUCACACGGAAUCACGCAUAGUUUCGGUGAGAAGUUCACGCCCAAGGAGUGGAUCAAAGAGGUGAACGGCCAGCGAGAGAUCAUCCACAUGUAUGGUGGGGUACCCAUGGAGGACAUCCGCGGUAUGAGAGCGCCUUUCCUCCAAACGGGAGGGAACCGGAUGUUUGAGAUGCUAUACGAGACAAACUUCACGUACGACUCGUCGCUACCGGUGUUUGAAAACUCGCCGCCCUUUUUCCCCUACACCCUGGACUACCAGCUCAACCACGAGUGUAUGAUACCUCCCUGUCCCACGAAGUCGUUCCCCGGGCUCUGGGAGGUGGGUAUGAUUAUGUGGCAGGACCUGCGUGGGGGCCGGUGCUCGAUGGGCGACGCCUGUACUAACCCCUCGGACGAACCCGGCGUUUACGACAUGUUACUUAAAAACUUCAAUCGCCACUACAAAAGUAACCGGGCACCGUUUAACCUGUUUUACCACUCAGCAUGGUUCAACACCCAGCACCAUCGCAAAGCGUUUUUGAAGUUCCUGGAUGAGAUUAUCCAGAAAGACGACGUCUAUUUCCUAACCAAUUGGCAAAUGAUCCAGUGGAUGCGGAAUCCCACUACCCUGGAUCAGUUGCAUAAUUUUGAGCCUUUCCACUGCCCGGUCAAGCCUGUGGACAACCCGUGUCAUCAUCCGACUGUGUGUAACGUUAAUGGUAAGCACGGGUCGCGUACACUACGUACGUGCCAGGCGUGUCCAUCAACGUACCCCUGGUUAGGCAAUACGGGCUUUAAGUAUUCAAAGUAUGUGUGA